AUGGCCCAAGAUUUGAGCAUACACAAUCCGAAGAGAGAUAUCCGCGAUCACUACCUUUUUGAGAUCGCAACCGAAGUUGCGAAUCGAGUUGGUGGUAUCUACUCUGUCAUUAAAUCGAAAGCUCCAGUUACAACCGCCGAAUAUGGCGACCGAUACUGCCUUAUUGGCCCCCUUAACAAAGCCUCAGCUGCUGUCGAAGUUGAAGCCCUUACACCUACCAAUCCACACUUAGCUAAGACAAUCGAAUCGAUGGAAGAGAGAGGUAUCAGCAUGGUUUACGGAAGAUGGUUGAUCGAGGGAGCUCCCAGAGUCCUGUUAAUUGAUACAAAAACUGCCUACAGAUUCUUGGAUGAGUGGAAAGCGGAUCUGUGGAAUACAGCAGGAAUUCCUUCGCCUCCAGGAGACGAUGAGACCAAUGAAGCUGUCGUCUUCGGUUACUUGGUUGCGUGGUUCUUGGGAGAGUUCGUCGCACACGAGACAGAGAAGGCCGUCAUUGCGCAUUUCCAUGAAUGGUUAUCUGGUGUAGCCCUUCCUCUAUGCAAAAAGCGAAGAAUCGAUGUCACCACCAUCUUCACCACACACGCAACCCUUCUAGGAAGAUAUCUCUGCGCCGGUUCCGUUGAUUUCUACAAUAACCUACAGUACUUUGAUGUAGAUGCUGAAGCUGGAAAGCGUGGUAUCUACCAUCGUUACUGCAUUGAGCGCGCUUCUGCACACUCCUGCGAUGUUUUCACCACCGUUUCCCACAUUACUGCAUACGAAUCGGAGCAUCUCCUAAAGCGCAAGCCAGACGGUGUUCUUCCUAAUGGUCUCAAUGUUACAAAAUUCUCCGCCAUGCACGAGUUCCAGAAUCUUCACCAGCAAGCGAAAGAGAAGAUCCAUGACUUUGUUCGAGGUCAUUUCUACGGACAUAACGAUUUCGAUCCAGACAAUACCCUCUACUUUUUCACUGCCGGUCGUUACGAGUACAGGAAUAAGGGCGUUGACAUGUUUAUUGAAUCAUUGGCGAGAUUGAACCACAGACUCAAGUCCGCUGGAUCUAAAAUGACUAUUGUCUCAUUCAUCAUUAUGCCUGCGCAAACGCAGUCAUUGACUGUUGAGGCAUUGAAGGGUCAGGCCGUCAUCAAGUCUCUGCGCGACACGGUAGAUGUUAUCGAACGUGGAGUAGGAAAACGAAUUUUCGAGCGUGCGCUGAAAUGGCACGAUGGAGAUGCUAUGCCAGAUGACAAGGAUUUGAUUAGCAGCCAGGACAAAAUUCUCCUCCGCCGAAGACUGUUCGCAAUGAAGAGACAUGGACUUCCUCCAAUUGUUACACACAACAUGGCAAAUGAUGCUGAGGAUCCAAUUCUCAACCAGAUCCGAAGAGUCCAACUUUUCAACCACCCAUCUGACAGAGUCAAGAUUGUCUUCCACCCAGAGUUCUUGAACUCGGCCAACCCAGUUCUGCCAAUGGAUUACGAUGAUUUCGUUCGAGGUACCCAUCUUGGUGUAUUCUCCUCUUACUACGAGCCAUGGGGAUACACACCCGCCGAAUGUACGGUUAUGGGAGUUCCUAGCAUUACCACUAACCUCUCAGGUUUCGGAUGUUACAUGGAAGAAUUGAUUGAGAACUCUACCGACUACGGAAUCUAUAUCGUCGAUCGCCGGAUGAAGGGUGUUGAUGAUUCAGUUAACCAGCUUACUUCUUUCAUGUACGAUUUCGCCAACAAGUCAAGACGUCAACGUAUCAACCAACGUAACCGUACCGAGCGACUGAGCGAUCUUCUCGACUGGAAACGAAUGGGAAUGGAAUACGUCAAGGCGAGACAAUUAGCACUUCGCAGAGCAUACCCAGCAUCGUUCGAGGGCGAGGACGAUGAAGACUACAUUCCAGGUGUUGAGCAGAAGAUUUCAAGACCAUUCUCCGUACCUGGUUCGCCAAGAGAUCGCAGUGGAAUGAUGACUCCUGGUGAUUUCGCUAGUCUACAGGAAGGACGAGAGGGUCUUAGCACCGAGGACUAUGUCGCGUGGAAGCUCCCAGAAGAGGAAGACCCAGAAGAGUAUCCCUUCCCGCUCACCCUUCGAUCAAAAAAGGCGACCGGGCCAACAAGCCCCGCUGAGGCAGUCAUCACGAACGGUACCUCAUAA